AUGAACCAUACCAAGUCGACGUUUCGUGGCCUCUCGGAUGGUCUGCGCAGGAAAGUUCCGUCGCAAAUGCUCUACGGCAAUGCGCUAUUCCUUACAGCAACUGAAGCCCUCCGUCGACGGGAAUCCCACCGUUCCGAACCAAAAGCCAUUGUCGUCGCUAUAGGGUACCCCCUCACAGACUCCCUCUUCAGUCCCCGUAGAAGCACCGACCUUACUCCACCGUGCGACAACUACACGGCCCCCGAGGGACCAGACGGAAAACCAAAGAUCGAAGGACAUGGAGGCGCCGACAAGUUCCUGACAUUCAUCACCGAGGCCGUGCAACCGUUUAUACGUACUGUAUUCCCUAAUAUUUCGUUCCGAAAGACAGCGCUAUUCGGUCACUCCUACGGCGGGCUAUUUGUUCUUCAUUGUCUCUUCACCCGGCCGUCGAGCUUCGAUCUCUAUCUUGCUGCGAGUCCGUCUAUCUGGUGGAAUGAUUGUUUCAUUCUCUCAGAGCUAGCUCGGUUCUGUGACGGCGUUCCUCUAGAACACCCUCCUGUUCUCCGGCUGUCAUUUGGGUCCAGGGAGCAGCUCCCUGUGCGGGAGCCAGGGGAAUCUCUAGAGAAGUUUGAGAGGAGGGAAGUUGCUGCUCGGAGGAGAGGCAUGGAAGAUAAUUGCAGUGAACUGUACGAUCGUCUUUCAAAGGCGGGACUCCUGCGUGGACUUGAAUUGAAGGAGUAUCUUGAUGAGGAUCAUGGGAGUGUCAUCGCGCCCGCUCUCAAUGGGGCCAUUGUAUUCAUGGAGAUGUGA